UCUGCGCAGAGUAAAGCAGAGACAUGCGUGUGUAUGUUGCGCAGGAGAGACAGGCGGCAGGUUUUGUGGAGCGUGCAGAGGGUCCUGUCUGUGUCAGUUCAGUUCCGUCUAUGGGUCGUGUGGGGACUGUGUGACAUGGAUAUAAACAUGCGGUUCCAUUUGGACUAGGAACAACAUGGGGACACGAGGUAAUUUCAGAACAAUAGAUGGCAUUUUACGUCUUGGCAACUAGGGUACCGUACUGGAGACUACCUACUAGAAAGGAUGUCCAAAGUGGAUGGAAGGACAACAACUCAUUGAGAGCACUACCUCAAAACAGCAUCGCUCCCCCUUUAUCCUGGAGAGGAAUUACUUAUCCAAGGCUAUGCAAACACAAAAUCAGUCUUAAAUGGCUGAACUCGAGGUAUCCAAAAAUCUCAGUUUUGAAAAGGUGGAGCGAUGUAUGAGUGUGAUGCAGUCGGGGACCCAGAUGGUGAAGUUGAAGGCUGGCUCCAAGGGGCUGGUGAGACUGUUCUACCUGGACGGACAUCGCUCAUGCAUCCGAUGGAGACCCUCACGCAAGAGCGAGAGGGCCAAGAUCACCAUUGAUUCGCUGUACAAGGUGACGGAGGGCCGUCAGUCAGACAUCUUCCACCGCCAUGCGGAGGGCAGUUUCGACCCUGCCUGCUGUUUCACCGUUUACCAUGGCAACCACAUGGAGUCCCUAGACCUGGUGACCUCUAACCCUGAGGAGGCUCGGACCUGGGUGACAGGACUACGAUACCUGAUGGCUGGCAUCAGUGACGAGGACUCACUGGCCAAACGACAACGCACACACGACCAGUGGAUGAAGCAGACGUUCGAGGAGGCCGAUAAGAACGGGGAUGGUCUGUUGAACAUGGAGGAGAUCUACCAGCUACUGCACAAGAUGAACGUCAACCUGCCCCGCAGGAAGGUCAAACACAUGUUCCAGGAAGCAGACUCGGACGACCAACAGGGCACGUUGACGUUUGAGGAGUUCAGCGUGUUCUAUAAGAUGAUGUCACUGCGGCGGGACCUGUUUCUGCUGCUCAUGGGAUACAGCGACAGGAAGGACCACCUGACGGCUGACGAGCUGGCCAACUUCCUGCGCAACGAACAGAAGAUGGUGAAUGUGACUACAGAAUACUGUCUGGAUGUCAUUGAUAAGUUUGAGCUGUCUGAAGAGAAUAAACAGAAAGGCAUUCUGGGAAUUGAGGGUUUCACCAGUUUCAUGCGCAGCCCCACCUGUGAUGUGUUUAACCCUCAACACCGUGAGGUGAACCAGGACAUGGAUCAGCCUCUGUGUAGCUACUACAUAUCCUCGUCUCAUAACACCUACCUGACAGGAGACCAGCUGCUGUCUCACUCCAAGACAGACAUGUACGCCUGGGUACUACAGACGGGCUGCCGCUGUGUGGAAGUGGACUGUUGGGAUGGUCCUGAUGGAGAACCCAUGGUCCAGCAUGGCUACACUCUGACCUCCAAGAUCACCUUCAAGUCUGUCGUAGAGACCAUCGACAAAUAUGCCUUCAUCAACAACCAGUACCCAGUGAUCCUGUCCAUAGAGAACCACUGUAGCAUCCAUCAGCAGAAGAAGAUGGCCCAGCACCUCAGAGAGAUCCUGGGGGACAAGCUGGACUUGGGAGAGGCUUUCGACAGAGAGUCUAAACAGCUACCCAGCCCCCACUCUCUACAGGGGAAGAUCCUCAUCAAGGGGAAGCGUCUCCCUCCGUACCUGUCUGUGGAUGUUGAGGAGGGGGAGGUGUCAGAUGAUGACAGUGCUGAUGAGAUUGAGGACGACUUUAAACUGAAGAACAGCAAUAGUAAUGGUAACCACCAAGUAGAAAGUUACAUCAGGAAGAAGCUGGACUGUCUGUUGAUGGAGUCUCAGAUCGGAGACAAGGAGGACACAGACAGCUUCAGCAUCAGAGCCCUGCUCAGAGCCACACACGUGGGCCUGCAGAAGAACCUAACGAAUCCCAAAGAGGGACUUAAAAAAUCCCAAAGUCGAUCCUUCAUCAGCAACCUGAAGCAAAAGAGACACUCCAAGUCCAGGCUGAAGUCCCAGGAUGGAGACGGGGAGGAGCAGGAGACAUCUGGGAGAGAGGCGGGAGGACAGAUCACCAGGGGAGAGGGGAAGAGGAAGACGAUGAAGCUGAGUAGAGAUCUGUCAGAUCUGGUGGUGUUCACUAACUCUGUGGCCUCUCAGGAGGGACUGGAUGACAGUACUCCGGGGAAUGUUCUGUCGUUCAGUGAGACUCGUGCCCAGCAGCUAGUGAACCACAGAGCUGAGCGCUUCCUGGGAUUCAACCAGCGACAGCUGUCUAGAAUCUACCCCUCAGCCUACCGCAUAGACUCCUCCAACUUCAACCCCCAGCUCUACUGGAACAUGGGCUGUCAGCUGGUGGCUCUGAACUACCAGACAGAGGGCCGGAUGAUGCAGCUGAACAGAGCCAAGUUCAUGGUGAACGGUGGCAGUGGCUACGUCCUCAAACCUCCACCCAUGUGUAAAGGCUCGUUCAACCCAUUCUGUGACGACCCCCUCCCUGCCUACCCCAACAAACAGCUGGUACUGAAGAUCAUCAGCGGACAGCAGCUUCCCAAACCACCAGACUCUAUGCUGGGAGACCGUGGAGAGAUCAUUGACCCAUUUGUAGAGGUGGAGAUCAUUGGCCUGCCAGUGGACUGCUGCAAGAGGCAGACACGAGUAGUGGACGACAACGGUUUUAACCCUGUGUGGGAGGAGAACCUGUCCUUUACCCUCCACAUGGCGGAGGUGGCUCUGGUGCGUUUCCUCGUCUGGGACCAUGACCCCAUCGGACGGGACUUCGUGGGCCAGAGGACUGUAGCCUUCAGCAGCUUGAUGCCAGGUUAUAGACAUGUGUACUUGGAGGGGUUGACUGAGGCAUCUAUCUUUAUCCAUGUAUCAGUUCAUGACAUCUAUGGGAAGUGGAGUCCACUCGUCCUGAACCCCAGCUUUACCAUAAUGCACUUUCUAGGAGCCAACAAGCAGGGUCGUCAGCUGCGAGGCAUCAGAGGCUUGUUCAACAGGUCAUCUAAGUCGUCAGUAGAGACCAGCUGUGGUCCAGCCCUCAGGAAACGCUCUAUCAGUGACCACCUCCUCCGACGCACCGCCAGCGCCCCUGCCAAGGGUCGCAAAAAAAACAAGAUGAAGCUCGCUGAGUCCUCCACCUCCAUAUCGGACCACAAGGCCUCCGUAGUGGACCACAAGGCCUCCAUAUCAGACGGCAAAGACAGAGUGGGGGCUGGGGAAGGGGCUGGGAGGGAGGGGUCCCGGGAGAGGGUAAUGGUGGAGAGGCGCCCCCCACCUCACGCCCCCCUCACCCACAGGCCCAUCUCCAUGCCCCUGGAGAAACUACUGCAGGGACAGCUCUCCCUCUGCUCCCCCAACCAGGAGCUGACUGACCUGGGGGCAGACACACUCAUCGGAACGUCCCCCUUUGACCGGCCCAGGUCCCGCUCUGUGGAACUCCUCAUCGAAUCAUCCGCCUCCCUUGAACAUAGAGUUUCCACCAAUCACAACAACACACGGGAUAGGACCACAGAGCCUGACCAAUUAGACGAGACCUCCUACCUGGUCAUUGGCCGAGGAGGAGGAAGUGUAGAUGGUGACUCCAAAGACCAAUCACAGGACAGAGUCAACCCACCCACCAAAGCUGAGGACAUUUCCUCUCGCCAAAGGACGUUGUGUUACCUGAGCAGCUCAACAAAGACAGAGAGCAACUGUUUACACUGUUUACCUACUGAGAGCAGACCAGAGACAACAUUACUUAGUACAACAAACACCCCAGCACCUUCCUCCUCUUCUUCUUCCUCUGUCCCCUCUUCCUCUGUGCCCCCCCUCUCCCCACUCAACGUGGACCGGUCCGCUCUGCAGAGCCCCGUCUCCCUGCAGGACAGCACCAUCUCACGACUCAUUGAUGCCGUAUCCCUCGGCAACGACACCACCUGCGGCUCAAUCUCCGCUCUGAUUGGCCAGUUUGACCUCACCGCUGACCAGAAUGACCUCACAACGAACUCUGACCCCCACGUCCUCAGUGUCAUGUCCUGUCUGUCCCAUCCCGCUCUCCAGGACUCCAGCACACCCUAUAAGGUCACCAUAGACUCUACCACCCCAUAUAAAGACCCCCCCCGCAAGGCAAUGAACGGACCUAUCACUCCUCGAAAGGCAAGCCAGACCCUUAACCACACGAACCAGAACCUACUCUCACCCCACCCCAAGACCUCCCACAACCCCCUUCUCUUCUCUAGUCCUGAGACCACGGAGCUGGAGGAGGUCUAUACCAUCCUGGAUGAGGAGGUCUUGUCUCCAGUCUUUGUCUACAACCUGAGGGAGCAGAACAUAGGCAACAUACAGGCUGACUCUGAGGAGAGCACACCCAUGGGAAGCCUGGAGCCCUCCCCAGCCAAGGUGCCUCCUCGCCUGGGGACAGAGGCCAACGGCAGCUGGGUGGGCUCACCGAGGGGUAUAGUGGAGGAGACAGGACAGGGCUAUAGGGGUGUGUGUGAUCCUACAGGGCUGGGGUCAGGGGGAGAGUGGGGGUUGUCGUGGGGUUACAGGUGCCCGUCUGUCAACAGCACAGUGUCUGACCGGUUGCUGUUGUGCCAGGGGUCAGCAGAAAGUAGUCUGAUGGAGGUGGAGAUUAACGUGGACGAGGAUCCACUUGAGAUGACCUUGACCUUACCAAGACACAACUGCACCUGGGUCGCUACCAGCCCAACCAAACGAUACGCCGCUCCCCAAAGCCAGCUUACCCAACUACACCCCUCUCCCCGGUAUGCACCCCAACUCCAGCCCUCCCAGUGUCCUUCCCCCCUUAAACAGCCCUCCCCUCGCCACACCCCAUCAAUCACCCCUCAAACCCAGCCCUCCCUCUUCAAAAGGCCCCCUAACCCCAGCCCCCUCCUCCUGAACAGCCACCCCUCCACCCUCAGCAGGGCUGAGCUCUCCUUUGAGAACAGCAGAGACAUUACCAGAGCCUACACCCAGCAGCACAGCUACAGUGGUCCCACCCAGCCCCAGACCAGGGGCUACCAGGGUGGUCCCACCCAGCCCCAGACCAGGGGCUACCAGGGUGGUCCCACCCAGCCCCAGACCAGGGGCUACCAGGGUGGGACAGGGGAAGGUCAGGGUCAGGGUGAAGUGUCAGCCUGCUUCCAGAAUGGGUUGUCCUCCUCAGAGUGUCUGCCUGGUCUGUCUAGUAUGUCUGGUUCAAGGUCUGUUAGCCUCCCCAGAGACAGAGGCCUGUACUCCCCCAUCUCAGACUGUGAUGUGGCCUACAGCCAGCUAGAUUACAACUGCUUUAGGCCCUCCACUGCCUCCACCCAUCCGCAACCCCAGCCCCAAUCACAUACCCAGCCUCUGCCCCAGGACCAACCCCAAUCACAUACCCAGCCUCUGCCCCAGGCCCAACCCCAAUCACAGACCCAGCCUCUGCCCCAGGCCCAACCCCAAUCACAGACCCAGCCUCUGCCCCAGGCCCAACCCCAAUCACAUACCCAACCUCUGCCCCAGCUCCAACCCCGAUCUGGCCCCCCAUCACUGCCCCUCUUGGGCCCCACCCUUGUCCCUCCUCUACCUAUCCCCAGACCACCCACAGCCCCCGGCCCCUGCAAGUCCAAGUCUCUGGGUGACCUGACAUCAGAGGACAUCUCCUGCAACUUCCACAGCAAGUACAACAUCAUCAGCCGCAGCUUCAUCACCCCCAGUAUGAAGGAGCGGAGGAGGAUGAGGGGCCUGGGGGGUCUGUCCCAACGGCUGCAGUCUGCAGACCCCCUCACUGAGCAGCUCCGCAAACUAGUCACCCUGGAGGGGGAUGACAGAGACCGGGACAGACCCCAGUCUCCCCAGCUGCCCCAGUUACCUCAGUUACAGAUACCCCCCAAACCCUUCAUUCCCCCAUCACGCCCCUCUCCCCCCACAAACUUUGUCCCCGACACUCAGGAGGACUCUCCCCCCCUCCUUUCCCGCCGCCUCUCCUCUCGGAGCCAGAGCCGUGUGCGUCACAUCAACAACCGCGCUCGAGAGCGGCAGCAGGAGGUUCUGAAGUCCCGGGGAAUGAGCGCCCCCUCCAGUGUGGGAGGGGUAGUGCUGCGUACUAAAGCAGCAGCAGGCCAGAAACCCCCAGCUAACAGACACUCCACAGGCUCCUACAUAGCAGGCUACCUGGACCAGCUGGAGGACAGGGGGCUGCCUGAGGGGGCGUGCACCACACUGGGUUACGGAUAUCACUAUGGUGAUCAUUAUCAUGAUGACUCUCUGCUGCCCACAGACUCCUGUAUACAAUCACAACCUGAGGUCUACUUCCUGCUCAGACUCUGAACCCACUUCCUGGUUAUCACCUACAUAGAAUGAUGUAUAAUGUACUUCCAGAACACAGAAAAUCAGCUUCCUGCUUACAACUGAGAAAAAAACUAAAAAAUAAUUCUGGUUGGGCUGUCCAAUAAUGCUUCCAGAUAUAAAGUCAACUACCUGAUUGGGUCUGACAUUUUGUCUGUAAAUGUGAAAAUGGUUUCUGAUCUUCUUUAAGUCCAUGUCCUGAUCAGAAUGUUCUGUAAAUGUAGUUUGGAACAGACUGUAAAACUACUUCCUACUUUGAUUGUACCCGUUUCCUGUCCUGCCUGAUCCUGUAAUUCUACUUCCUGUUCAAGCUAACUUCACCUACAAUGAAGCAGAAAAUAGGAAACUUUCCAAAUGUGUUUUAAUCUGAAGGGAAGUGUUGUCUUGGUCUUUGUUCAUUUAAAAUAUGUAUUAGUAUUAUCAGAGGCCCGCUGGGCACAGACGUCAAUUCAACGUCUAUUCCACGUUGGUUCCAUGUAACUUCGUUAAAAUGACGUGGAAACAACGUUGAUUCAACCAGUGUAUGCCCAAUGGGGGGGCACUUUUAAGGGAAGGGAUCUGUUUCAUCCGAGAUCCUCCUCAAGUCUUCCUUCUCCUCUAAGUGUUCUCUAUGUUUGUGUUGUUUGUAAAUAUUCUACUGUACAUUCGUUUUUAACUGACAGUGUUGCUAUUUAGUAGACAGUACAGCUGUUUUCUGCAUGUUAAACGUGGACCAGCAUGACUAUGCAUCGAUCUAUAGACAUCACAGUGCACUACUAUCUUUGUAUAGAACAAGUAAUAGUGGGAUUGGAUGCAAUACAGUACAUAGACAGUACAAUAUAGUACAUAGACAGUACAUUACGGUACAUUUUUUUUAUUUUAUUUCACCUUUAUUUAACCUUACAUUUAUUUAACCUUACAUUACAGUACAUAGACAGUA